AUGAUCCCCACGCCCAUUAAGGCGACGAAGCCCUCGCCUCUCUUCACUCUCCCGGAAUCUUUCCGACAUCCUUCCAUUAUUAAUGUCAAGCGCACGCUGUUGGCCUGUUUCGCGCUGGCCGCAUACAUCGCGUGGUCGCUGGGCGCCUGGGAAGCUUUCCUCAUCGGGACAGGUCUGCGUCCCAAGCUUCGUCCGACGGUGCUGCUUGCUGGCGACUCACUCACUGAGAAAGGCACCAACCCAAAGUCCAACGGAUGGGUCACCCUGCUACAAAAUGACUACACUCGGUCUGCCAACGUUGUGCCACGCGGGCUAUCGGGAUACAAUACCCGAUGGUACCUCAAAUACGCCAUGCCUGUGAUCCGAGGAGAGAUUGUCAGCGGCUCCUACACUCCAGUCCUCAUCACGUUGUGGCUCGGAGCGAACGACGCCGCACUACCGAAUGGAAGUAACUCGGAACAGCAUGUUCCGAUUGAGACAUAUCGGCAGAACUUGAUCACGAUUGUCCGGGAAUUCCAGACACUGGCACCCGAUUCAAAAUUCAUAUUGAUCACUCCGCCUCAUGUGGACGACAUGGCGCGCCACCGCCGUGCUAGGAAUAAUGAAGGAGACAAGAAAGGGGUUAUCGACCGCACGAACGAAAUGGCAGGCAAGUAUGCACAAGUCUGUGUCGAAACCGCGCACAAAUUGGGACUUCCAGUAGUGAACUUGUACUCGUACUUCAACGACAUGCCCAAAUGGAGACGUAAUAAUAUGCUGGGGGACGGACUGCAUCUCAGCACGAGAGGCAAUAGGUUGAUGUACGACCAGCUAAUGGACAAAAUCAAGUCCGAGUUCCCGGACGUAGUGCACAAACUCGAGCGCUGGCAGGCUCCCAACUUUAACAGACUGGUCAAGAGCGACCCGUGGAUUCCAGAUAAUACAGACGAUGGUAUUAACAGUACUCGUACGCUUCGAAGCACCAGCUACCUUAAUGUUAUUUCAUAG